UCUCCUCAUUAUCUUCUUGAGAAGGCCUCUCUCUCACGCACAUUCUCUUUUUCUAGUUUUGCACUGUUCUUUCGUUAAAAAAGAUUUGGUCUUGUUCUUGAUCCUUGUUGUCACAGUCGCCAUUUUUUCCCCUAAAAGAUGCUGCAUGUUUGCAGCCAUGGCUCCAUGAACUAGGCUUCUAUUGAAAUGCUUUCUCGUUUUUCUUCUACUUCAAUACUAUAAUGCAAAUAUCACUCACUAUCAACGGUUCUUUACUGAGUUUCUUUAUACCAUUGAACUUUUGAGAGAUCUAAGGUUCUUUCUUCUUUUCUUGGUUUCAUCCAAGAACUGGGAAACAAAAAUCUUUACUUUUGCUACAGCAUAUCCAUCUAUUUCAGUUCUUUUAAUUUUUGGGUAUUACAAGAUCAAGAAUAUAUGAAGAUGGAGAAAAUGAAGUCAAAGAUGAAAUGGGUGUUUAGGCCAGCGAAUAAAAGCACUCUUAAUGGCAGAGGCAAUGUUAAUGUUGAGGACUUGGAGAUUAGGCCAGGAGGAUUGCUAGUGCAGAAGAGGAAUUCUGAUUCCAAUAAGAAUUCUGUUCCAAUACCCAGUAUUAAAGUCAGUGUCAAAUAUGGCUCUUUGAAUUACCAAAUCUGUAUUAGUUCUCAAGCAAGCUUUGGGGAAUUGAAGAAGAUGCUAGCAGAACAAACUGGAGUGCACCCUCAGGAUCAGAAGCUGAUAUACAAAAAGAAGGAGAGAGAUUCCAAAGCAUAUUUAGACAUUUCAGGAGUGAAAGAUGGAUCAAAAAUUAUGUUAAUUGAGAACAUUACAAGCUGGGAAAGACGGUCCCUUGAGAUGAUUAAAUCUGCCAAGAUAGAGAAGGCUUCAAAGUACUUACAGCAAAUCAGCUUGGAAGUCGACAAACUCCACACGAAGGUGAAAGCCUUGGAAGCAACAGCAUCUAGAGGUGAGAAAGUUGCAGAGUUAGAUUUAGAUAAUUUGACAGGAAUGUUGAUGAAUAUAUUAGUAUCAUUGGAUGGAAUUUCUGCUGAGGGAGACUUGAAGUUUCAAAAGGGAAUGCAGGAAAGGAGAGUUCAAAAGUACAUUGAAACUCUGGAUAUGUUGAAGUUGCGAAACUCCAUAAAUAAUAGAACUGAGGACAAAAUCCCAAAGCAGCAAGAAGAGAACUCGACUGGGAAAAAGCCAAUACCAAUGCAGAAGCUAGUACAGCAGCAAAUAUUGAGGCAUUCUGAGUCAUUUGUGAUCACAACAAAUUGGGAAACUUUUGAUUAAGAAGGGAAGCCACUGCGCAUUUUUCUAUACUGUAGAUGCUUUUCUUCAAUUUUUUUUUCAAUAUGUACCUUACUAUUGUACAUGUAUAUUAAGUAGUAGUAAAUAAUCUGGGGUUUGUGGAAUUGUAUUGAAGAAGUUGUCGCAGCUGCUA